AUGGCUCGGACUGUUUUGUGCUUGCCGUUGGCGAUUCUAUUUUUAGCGAGUGUAAUUCCAGCAAAAGCACAAAAGGCGGAGGCGGAGGCGGAGGCGGAGGAGAGCCGCGUGACGGUGGCGGCCGGCGCGCCGCUGCUCGUGGAGUGCCGCCUGCGGCCCGAGCAGCCGGCCGAGUGGCGCCGCGACGGCGCCGCGCCGCCGCCCGACCUGCGCGCCGCGCCCGAGGCGGCGGCCGGCGACGCGCGCCUGGCCGCGCGCCUGCUCGCGCCCGCCGCGCGCCCGCAGCACGCCGGCCUCUACACGUGCAGCCGCGCGCGCGAGCACCGCGUGCGCGUCGUCGUGCUGCCCGCAGCCGGCGAGGCGCCCGCGCCCUCCCCGGCCCCCGCCCAAGCCGCGGCCGCCCCCGCCCCCGCCCCCGCCGCUGACGACGACCUGCCCGAGCUGCUGUACGACGUGCGCGGCAACUUCUCGCUACACUGCGGCCUCACCAAUGAGAACAACCUCGCCUACGUGUGGAAGAAGAACGAGACGAACGUCGAGCAGGUGCUGGACCUGAAGGACCGCUACGAGCUGGAGCGCGGCGGCGCCGAGUUCCGCGUGGCGCGCUCGCACGAGGAGGACUUCGGCAACUACUCGUGCGCGCUGGCCGGCCAGCCGCGCGAGCAGCGCUGGGCCGUGCGCGGCCGCCCGCACCUCAAGCUGCCGCCCAACAGCAACGUGGUGGAGGGCCAGAAGCUGAAGCUCACGUGCCGCGUGGUGGGCAAGCCGUACCCGCGCGUGGCCUGGGCCUACAGCAACUCCAGCGAGCCCGACGCCAACUUCACGGACGCGCUGGAGGCGCUGGGCGCGCGCGCCGCGCUGGCGGCCAGCGAGCAGGGCGUGCCGGACGGCGCGCUGCUGCUGGACGCGGCGCGGCGCGAGGACGCCGGCCGCUACCGCUGCCUGGCGCCCGGCGCGCGCGAGCCCGCCGCCACCGUGCUGCGCGUCAAGGACAUGUACGCGGCGCUGUGGCCCUUCCUCGGCAUCUGCGCCGAGGUCUUCGUGCUGUGCGCCAUCAUCCUCGUCUACGAGAAGCGCCGCACCAAGCCCGAGCUCGACGACUCGGACACCGACAACCACGACCAGAAGAAGUCGUAAGCGCGGCAGCAGCGCGCGAGGCGCCGCGUCGCAGUCCAGUUCGUCCGCGAGUUUACCAAAAAGUUGUUCCGUUAUUAAGUUGCAACGUUCCGGAGCGCCGCCGCGCCGCCCGCUCCACGCGCCACGAACUUGAAAUAUAUCGUUUUAUUAAUUAUUAUUUCAAUUAUGUUUUUAAGUGAUAAUAAUUUCAUAUAGUUUCUAUCGAGUUAUUUUAAUAAACCUUUAUUCAUUAUUAUUAAUGCUUUUAAUGCCCUGUCGUUAUUUUGUCUUUGUAUAUAUAUAUUUAGUGUACUUAAAUUAAUAAGAACGAUUAAAAUUAUGCGCUUACUUCUGAUGAUUUUUAUUAAAGUUAUAAAACUGUGUGUGGCCUUGUUACAUAUUCGAAUCGAUUAAUUUAUGUGAAAUCGUUAAACGUGAUCUAUGGAAUUCAAUGUGUGCGAUUAGACGACGAGGUCAUACCUCAAUUUAAUAUUUUAUUUAAAUAGUAGUUCGUAAGGAUCGAAUUUGUAGCGGCUACUGGAGACGAUCUUACUAAUUGGUCCACGACACGGUCACAAUAAUUGUUUAUUGACACCAUAUUACCACUAAUAACGUUUGGUUGCUUAUGACUUAAGAUUGUACGACAGCCACAGCGGCCAACUGUCGGCUCGCUUUAGUUUACACGAUUGUUGAUGUAAUAAGUAUAGUGCGAAUAUUGUACCUCCAAUAAAAUUUAUUCCGUUAA